AUGUCUAUAAAUCAUAAGAACCUUGUGGUUGAACUGAAGGACGUCGAUCCUCCAAGUGCCUAUGAUGAUAUCAAUGUUUUGCACAAUUUUUAUUGGACUUCGCAAAAAGAACCACAUGCUAUCAGAAGACAUGCAAUUUUGAGAGAUCAUCCUGAGGUGAAGAAGUUGAUGGGCCAUGAGCCUAGGACCAAGUAUAUUGUGAUAGGAGUUGUUUUGCUGCAAUUGUGGUCGUCGUAUAUGCUGUGUGAAACGCAUCCUCUGACGCUAAAGUUUGUAUUAUGGUCGUACAUUAUUGGAGCGACGUGUAACCAGAGCAUUUUCUUGGCGAUCCAUGAAUUGUCCCAUAAUUUAGGCUUCAAGCGUUGUAUUCACAACCGGUUUUUUGCGAUCUUUACCAAUACUCCAAUUGGCAUUCCAUUUGCUGCAUCUUUUGGCCCGUACCACCAAUUGCACCAUAAGUUUUUGGGUGAUGAGGUGUAUGAUACCGAUAUUCCUACCAAACUUGAAGCUGUAUUCCUUUCCAAUAUACUGGGUAAGGCUUUUUUUGCAACGUUCCAGAUUCUCUUCUACGCUCUGAGACCUAUGUUUGUAACAUCGAUCCCAUUCACUCAGAUCCAUCUUUUAAACGUUGCUUACCAGCUUCUUUUCAACACUAUUUGGAUCUCCAAUUUUGGAUGGUACUCUUUUUUUUACUUCAUUAUGUCGUCUUUCUUGGCUGGGUCUUUGCACCCUUGUUCGGGCCACUUCAUUGCGGAGCACUAUGUAUUUAGCUUAGAGGAAGCUAUAACAGGCGGGAAAGUGGCGCUCACUGAUGUAAAAGGCGAUCUUCAAACUACCAGUGUAAUCGAUGAAAAAGCCGUGGAACGGCCAGAUGUGACUUUCACAAAAGAUUAUGCAUUGGAGACCUAUUCUUACUAUGGAAUUUUAAAUAUGUUUACGUGGAACGUUGGUUUACAUAAUGAACACCAUGAUUUCCCAUUUAUAGCGUGGUCUAAGUUAUGGGACUUAAACCGGAUGUGUCCGGAAUAUUAUAAUAGUCUGCCCAGACAUAACUCAUGGGUCGGCGUUCUGUGGGACUUUAUUUUUAAACAUGAUGUGACUCUUUAUAAUCGUGUUAAGAGGGUUAACAAGAGUAUGAUUACCACUCAUAUCUCGUAG